ACAUACACCCACUCCAUUUUAGCUUUUCCAUAUAUAUAUAUACUUUACUAAGUACCGCCGUCGUUUACUACCUACUACUAGUCUCCAUCACUCAAGAUUCGAUUCUAUAUAUGGAUAUGGAUAUAGUUGGGAAUUAUUAUUCUGGGAAUUUUCUAAGUGCGGCUGCUGCGGCGUCGAGUUUUUGGUCGCCGGAAAUGGGUGCAGUAGUGUCUUCGCCGCUUUCUUCUUCUGAUACUGGGAGUUGCAGCGCUACUAUGAAAGCGAAUUUUUCGGACGAAGAGGUGUUGUUGGCUUCUAAUAAUCCGAAGAAACGCGCUGGGAGGAAGAAGUUUCGGGAGACUCGGCACCCGGUGUACCGGGGAGUGAGGAGGAGGAACUCCGGGAAGUGGGUGUGUGAGGUGAGGGAGCCCAACAAGAAGUCAAGGAUAUGGCUGGGAACUUUCCCCACGGCUGAAAUGGCGGCUAGAGCUCAUGACGUGGCCGCCAUCGCUCUCAGAGGACGCUCCGCCUGUCUCAACUUCGCCGACUCGGCUUGGAGACUUCCAAUCCCUGCGUCCGCCGACCCCAAGGACAUACAGAAAGCUGCUGCGGAGGCGGCGGAGGCUUUCCGUCCAGUGGCACUGCCAGCAAACCAAAACCAAAACCAACGGAUUAUUCUAGAAGCUGAAGAAGAAGAAGAGUGCAACAGUAGUAUGAAAGAGGAACAAGUGUCGACAACCAACGAAAACGUGUUCUUCAUGGACGAGGAAGCGUUUUUCGAUAUGCCCGGAUUGCUUGCUGACAUGGCUCAAGCCCUGAUGCUACCUCCACCUCAAUGCGCACUAGUGGACCGUUCCAAUGACGUGGAGCUUGAUGCUGACGUGUCACUCUGGUCUUUCUCCAUUUAAAACCCAAAAUUAGGAUGAAGAUGGAUAAUCUAUCUGUGAAUUGAAUGUCGUCCAUUGUCCACUCUACUCUACUCCGUACGUACUAGUCUCUAGUUAUAUGAAUAGAAGGGAUGCCUGGCUUUCAAGAAAAGGCGAAAAGCGUCCAUUCCUAUUCCUAUUCCUAUUCUAUAUAUGUAGGAUUAGCUAAUAUCCGUACUUCAUUUUUUGAGGUUGUACGGCUUGUAAAAUAUCCGAUACCAAGGCUUGAAUUUGAAUGAAUUAUGCCAUCCAAACUCUUUUCUCAA